AUUAAUCUGACAUUUCAUAAUUUUCGUCUUUUUAGUGAUUCAUCACAAAUAGAUUAGAAAUUUAAUUAAUAAAUUUUGUAUUGUUAUAGAAGAAUAAUACCUCUGGUGUAUUGUAUUAAAAAAGUAUACAAAUUCUUAAAAUUAUUGUAUUGUGUGUGGUAUUGAUGAUUCAUUCGGUGAAAUUGAAAUAUAGCUGAUACAAACAAAACAACGCACCUAUUAAAUUUGUUAAUAUUUUCUUUGAUUAAGAACUAAACAAACCAAGAUGUUUUCAACAAACCCUAAUUAUACUAAACUUAAAACUCAUUUGAGGCUCUCCAUCAACCGUCUUAAGUUAUUAGAAAAGAAGAAAACAGAAUUGGCACAGAAAGCAAGGAAAGAAAUUGCUGAAUAUAUUGCGGCGGGUAAAAGUGAACGUGCAAAAAUUCGUGUGGAACAUAUAAUCAGAGAAGACUAUAUGGUGGAAGCUAUGGAAAUAGUGGAAAUGUACUGUGAUUUGAUAUUGGCGAGGUUUGGCCUUGUCACUCAAAUGAAGGAAUUAGAUGAGGGGCUAGCUGAAGCCAUAUCUAGCCUCAUUUGGGUAGCGCCCAGAAUGCACACAGAUGUACAGGAAUUGAAAGUCAUAUCUGAUUUGUUUACGGCGAAAUAUGGCAAAAUUUAUGCAGACGCGUGUAGAAAUGAAAAUGUGAACACAAUCAGUGACAAGCUCAAACACAAAUUGUCAGUUCAGAGCCCUCCAAAAAUUCUCGUCGAAAAAUAUCUGAUAGAGAUAGCUAAGAACUAUAAUGUUGAGUAUACACCUGAUGAACAGGUUAUGAGAGAGGAACAAGGUCGUGAUGCACUGCUGAUUGACAUUAAUGGCCCACCCAUGCCGCCUGGUUUCAUAGGCUAUCCAAACCCGCCACCAAUGCCUCAUUUGCCUGAUUUGCCCCCUGUGCAACCAUUUGCUUAUCCUACAAAACCAUCCGGCGGUAGUGCGGGCGGGUUUAUCGCUACUCCUCCGGCCGCUUACGGCGGGCCUAGUCAGUCCCCUAUGGGAUACAACUUGCCGCCUGGCGUCGACUCUAAAAAUUUAAGCAAUAGUUUCCUUCAGGAGGAAAUGAGUAAUCUCCCACCUGCUUAUGACAGCAUUAAUCACGAUUUGCCUGCUCACGUGCCGACACCACAGCCCCGGCCCCGAGCGCCGCAGAACGUUCGGACUCCACAGAACCAGUUCCCCGAGUUACCGGAACUGCCUUCUGUGCCCUCCGACCUGAUCUUACCUUCAGUGCCUCAAAGCAAUAACUCCAAUACAAACGCUAACAAUUCUAACGCACCCGAUGAGAUAGACUUCGAAGAUCUGAACCGACGUUUUGAGGAGUUGAAGAAGAAAACAUAAGUAACAAAUAAUUAAAGUAUAUAUAUAUAUAUAUAUAUAUAUAUAUAUAUAUAUAUAUAUAUAUAUAUAUAUAUAUAUAUAUAUAUAUAUAUAUAUAUAAGAUAUGAAUAGGGUAUUAAAUUGAAUACAAAUUACAUGACUUAAGUCUCGUUUACGGAUAUAUGUUAUCUGUAACAUUAGAUAGUGUUUCACUAUGAAUGUUCACAAAACACCAUAACUUUGUUAUAAAAUAGUGUACUAUUAAAGUUUCAUUAAUCUUCACAUUAUUUAUAGAUAAAUACUCUUCCAGGCAACCUUUGGAUAAAGAGGAAAUAUGUUUAUAUUUAUUAUAUUAUCAAUAUUAUUAUAGAUAAUCUUAAUAUGGCGUACCGUUCCAACUUUUUAUUAUGUGUGACCUUAUGUGGUGCUCUGUUUGUGUUUGUGAGAGGACACCUUCAGUAGCAGUCUAGCCAAAGGAGUAUUAUAUUCCUUGCUUGAAAUAUUGUAAAUAUUUUUACUCAUACAUUUUUAGUUCUUUGGAUUUUGAAUAGGCGUGGUAGACAAUCUAUACUUUCAGACUCAUCCAUUCUAACAAGAGAUUGAAUACUGGAAUAUUAAAUAUAAAAAACGACGUGUCACUCAAAUAAACUGUUUUUUUUAAUUACUUGAUAUUUCAAGUAGUUGUAUUUGAUCAUUAUGGGCAGCUUUUGCAUAAACAACUAUAACAUCAUGCAAUACUCAAAUCUCUGAAUUUCCGUAAACGAGGCCUUAUAAGUAAAAUCAAGGUUAAACUUCAGUUCACGUAUCAUCUUAAAUUAUUCGUAUACGAGAAUUUUAACGUCACAAAUACAUAGAUUUCAAUAAAUAAUAAGCUACAAAUCACUUUACAUGGUUUUGGUCACGAUUUUGAUAUUGACAUGCUCAAUUUUCGUUGUAGAAAACGCUUUUGGAGACAAUCGCAGUAUUUCUAGCUUAUGAAUAUCCCUAGAAAAAGUAUAAUCAUAAAAGCAGAAUUUAUUGUAUAACAUAAAGGGUAAGAUCUAAGUCAUGUUGGUACAAUUUGUGUCUAAUUUGAGAGAGGUAUCUAGUCUCUAAAACUGAUGUUGUGAACGAGACGAGUCAUGGAAAUGGAUAUGGCAAGACAUGUAAGAAGCAUAAGAUGACGCCAUAUUUAAAAAGUUUAUAUGCUAAUUGAGGAGGAGUCGAAAGACAACUGGUGUGUAUUCAUGCGACGGUAUAUAAAAGUGGAUAUAGCAAGAGAUAUAUUGGGAUAGAGGCCUUCGAUAUUUUGUUCUUUACCUACUCUGAGUAUAUACGAGGUCUGUCCGGAAAGUUCGUAUAAAAGUGUUCUGGAAUGCGAGAAAGAGGAGUGGGGAGGCCAGGUAAGCGCAGGACCCCUUCCUUAUGUCCCUAACAAUGCUUCAGUUCUGGUCUGACCGCCGUGCGGUGCGAACUGGCUUGUCACGCCAUCUGUGAAGUUACCUCUUAACGAAACCCCGUCGGCAUGGAGCCCGCUUCCGUUGAAGAGCAGCGCGUCGUAAUCAAGUUUCUCUCGAAACUCGGCAAGAAUGGCCGUGAAAUUUUUGCCGAUCUCAGAACAGUUUAUGGGGAUGAUGCUGUGAAGGAACCAACCGUCCACAAGUGGCUAAAAAGAUUCAGAGAGGGCCGAGAAAGCAUCAAGAAUUCGUCCCUCCAGGCCAGACAGUUGAUGGAAAAUUCUACGUCGAUGUGCUCAGACGCCUCAAAGCUCGUGUGGCACGAGUUCGUCCAGAAUUGGCGCGAGAGGGGCGUUGGAUUCUUCACCACGACAAUGCCCCUGCCCACACCUCUCUUGUUGUCCGUGAGUUUUUGAGUAAAAAUUCCAUUACGGUGACCGAACACCCCCCUAUUCGCCGGAUUUGGCCCCGUGUGACUUCUUCUUGUUCCCAAAAACCAAAUUGGUACUUCGGGGGCGGCAUUUGGGGGACAUAAAUGAGAUAAAAAAAGCUACGACGGGGCAGCUGAGAAACCUACAACCAGAGGACUUUCAAGGAGCCUUCUCACAGUGGAAACGGCGUUGGCACAAGUGCAUUAUGUCACAGGGGGAGUACUUUGAAGGGGAUAAAAUUGAUUUACCUGAAUAAUUGUAAAAUAAAAUUUUUAAAAAACUUUUAUACGUACUUUCCGGACAAACCUCGUACAGUGCAUGGUGGCACUAUUCUUUCUACGGAGAUUUAAUUUUAUAUUUGGAAAUUUGUAUACAUGUAGAACGGGAAUUUCAUGAAUUUACUACAUUUGUCAUUUUAACUUCAUCCGGAAGUCUUUAGGGGACGUACAGCGCUUUGUGCUACAGCGUCUCACCUCGCACAACAAUUCCCGUUAAGCUUGUAUAAAAAUGAACAUGAGUUUUAAAAAUAAUAUUUGGAAACUUUUUUAAUUUCCAAUGUUAAUUUUACCUAUAAUUGUUAGUAAUGCAGAUAUAGAUUUGAAUAAAUUAUAAGAAAGCAUCUAAUAUUUUCAACCGACUUCAAAAAGCAAGUUUUCAAUUCGGUUGUAUUUUGUAAUGUUUGUUACCUCGUAACUUAGUCGAUUUUAAACCGAUUUGGAUUUUUAAAUAGAAAUUUUAUCAAAAUCAGUUCAGUAGUUUAGUUUUUAGAUCAAAAAAAAAUGUUUUUGUCAGAAUUGAAGUCGGUUUUAUUAUCUCUUUUCUGUCGAGUAGAAAAGUGGGCAUUAUUAGGUACACUUGUGUUAUCUAUUUAGAUCUAUAUCUGGAUUACUCGUGUUUAUAUUAUAUUUAGAUUUAUAUUAUAGUUAUUUUUAUAUGUUAAUCAAUAUGAAUUUAAUAUACCUACAUAAAAAUUUAACUUGUUUGGCCAACGCAAUUUUAGUUGCAAGUGGGGCCAUAUUCACAAGCACGAUGUAAUUAAAAAUAUAAAUAAAUAUUAUAUUUUAUUUAAGUAUA